AUGGUUCAAAGAUUCACCAGUGAUGGUCUUCCAGGUCGAAGUUUCCACCCAUCUUCAGGACUGACGUUGUAUGUAGCCUUGCUGGUUGUAUCAAAGAUCCUGAAGGCUGUUGGUUUAUUUAUAGCUUAUGACUUACUGAAACUGAUUCCAGUUGUGGUAUUUCUUUUCUUACUGAAAGCCGGCACUUCAGUAUUUUUAGUUGUUCUUCAGAAGCCAUUCUCCUCGGGACCAAGGUUAACAAAACAUCAGUGGUUUCGAAUUUGGAGGCAUGCUGUUUUUGGAAGUUUUAUCAACUUUUUAUUGAUGUUUGGACUCACUCAGUGUGGACCACUUAGGACCAUCCUUCUGUUUGAACAUAGUGAUGUGGUUGUCGUAGCCGGAGCAAGUGCUCUUUUUUCCUCCAAUGGGGGAGGUGGAACAGGAAAGGCUCGAGGCGCUAUAUGUUUUAUUGUUGGUGUGAUAUCCCUCCUUGUCUUUGAUCAUGAUGAGAAACUGAGUCAGCUGGGGAAAGAUGACAGUGAAAAUAUUCAUCACACUAUAUUCACUCACUUUUUUAAACAUGGAGUCGACUUCCUUGGUUGGUCUGAUCACAAAGGAGGAGUGGUGCUGCUGUUUUUGACUCUGUGUCUACAUUCGGGUUAUACUUCUGUGGCUAAAAAGUUGUCAGUUGAAGUGGGUGGAGCCAAGCGACUUCACAGUUUGUCAUCUUUAGUGUCUGCUAGUAUUCUCUUUCCGUGGGCCUGCUUUGUAUUCUUGACCACUGAGAGUGUGAUUGACUCAUGGCUUCUUGUGUUGUUCCCGUUACUUCUUGUGAUAUUUUUUGUUGGAGUCUUUGACUUCUACAUUGAAAGCUUGGCAGCCAGCCAUCUUCAGCCAUUUAGAGCAGCCUUUCUGGCACCUCUGGCCAUCUUUAGUGCAGCCUUAUUUCUCAGUGUGACAUGGACCCAUCCCUAUGUGACCAGACUGACCACACUGCAUACUCUCAACACCAUUGUUACAGAGGACCACGUUUUGUCAGGCGGAGUUAUCUUCAGUGCUGUAGCGUUUUUACUGGCAACUCGUAUGCUGAUGACCAGAGGUAGGACGGCCGUCAAAGGAAGUUUCAUUGGCUACAACCCAGCAGGCCUGCCCUUGUACUCCAUCUCCAGCGAAGCACUGCAGAAAACAUCACACUCAAUUCUGUCUGUCCUCAAGAGUGGCUUGAGGCAGAUCCUGGAAGAUGGUGACUCUAGGAAAAUAUUUUACUUCCUUGUAAUCAAUCUAUGUUUCACAUUUGUGGAGUUGCUGUAUGGAGUCUGGACCAACAGCCUGGGUCUGAUCUCAGAUGGGUUUCACAUGCUGUUUGACUGCUCAGCUUUGGUCAUGGGUCUGUAUGCUUCCAUCAUGGUCAGAUGGAAGGCCACGAGAAUAUUUUCUUACGGAUUUGAUCGUGUGGAAGUGCUGUCUGGUUUCAUCAAUGGACUUUUCUUAGUUGUCAUUGCCAUCUUUGUGUUUGCUGAAGCCUUGGGUAGACUGUUUGAGCCACCAGAGGUCAAGACUGAAAGAUUACUUACUGUCUCGGUUUUAGGACUUUUGGUGAAUCUAGUAGGUAUUUUUGUGUUUCAAAGUUCACUUUCACAUGGCCACAGUCACGGUGGAGGUCAUGGCCAUAGUCACGGUGGAGGUCAUGGCCAUAGUCACGGUGGAGGUCACGGUCACAGUCAUGGUUCUUCACAAGAUACUUGUUCUACUUCAGGACAUUCUCACCACAACACAAAUAUGGAAGGUGUCUUUUUGCAUGUGGUUGCAGACACAAUGGGCAGUGUGGGUGUCAUUGUAUCCACUCUUCUCAUUGAGAGUUUUGGGUGGAACAUCGCUGAUCCCAUCUGCUCCCUCUUUAUUGCCACCAUGAUAUUUUUGAGUGUUAUACCUCUCCUGAAGGAAACUGUGAGCAUCCUGCUCCUAAGGUCACCUUCAGAAUAUGAAGAGACAAUCAUUGCUGCUUUAGAAAAGAUUCUAGCUGUAGAAGGGGUGCUGUCAUACAGGGAGCCUCACUUCUGGUAUCACACAGCCACAAAAGUCUAUGGAAUGAUUCAUGUACAGGCUUGGCCACUGGCACAAGAACAAAGGAUUAUUGCUCAGGUGACAUCAUUGUUAAAGGAAGCCGGUGUGCUCAGUGUUACAGUUCAGGUGGAGAAGCAAUCAUAUUUCUUCCAUUUAUCUGGGCUGGGUGCCACCCCAGUCAACAUAUCACAGUUCUCCCAGCAGUCAGCCCCACAGAGCAUAGAUUCUCAGAGCAUUAAAGCGGUGUGA